CUGGCCCCGCCUCUUCCUCUCGGUCCCAUAUUGAACUCGAGUUGGAAGAGGCGAGUCCGGUCUCAAAAUGGAGGUAAAACCGCCGCCCGGUCGCCCCCAGCCCGACUCCGGCCGUCGCCGCCGCCGCCGGGGGGAGGAGGGCCAUGAUCCAAAGGAACCAGAGCAAUUGAGGAAGCUGUUUAUUGGUGGUCUGAGCUUUGAAACUACAGAUGAUAGUUUAAGAGAACAUUUUGAGAAAUGGGGCACACUCACAGAUUGUGUGGUAAUGAGAGACCCCCAAACAAAACGUUCCAGGGGCUUUGGUUUUGUGACUUACUCUUGUGUUGAAGAGGUGGAUGCAGCAAUGUGUGCUCGGCCACACAAGGUUGAUGGGCGUGUAGUGGAACCAAAGAGAGCUGUUUCUAGAGAGGAUUCUGUAAAGCCUGGUGCCCAUCUAACGGUGAAGAAAAUUUUUGUUGGUGGUAUUAAAGAAGAUACAGAAGAAUAUAAUUUGAGAGAUUACUUUGAAAAGUAUGGCAAGAUUGAAACCAUAGAAGUUAUGGAAGACCGGCAGAGUGGGAAAAAGAGAGGAUUUGCUUUUGUAACUUUUGAUGAUCAUGAUACAGUUGACAAAAUUGUUGUUCAGAAAUACCACACUAUUAAUGGGCAUAAUUGUGAAGUGAAAAAGGCCCUUUCUAAACAAGAGAUGCAGUCUGCUGGAUCACAAAGAGGUCGUGGUGGUGGAUCUGGCAACUUUAUGGGUCGUGGAGGAAACUUUGGAGGUGGUGGAGGUAACUUUGGCCGUGGUGGAAACUUUGGUGGAAGAGGAGGCUAUGGUGGUGGAGGUGGUGGCAGCAGAGGUAGUUAUGGAGGAGGUGAUGGUGGAUAUAAUGGAUUUGGAGGUGAUGGUGGCAACUAUGGCGGUGGUCCUGGUUAUAGUAGUAGAGGAGGCUAUGGUGGUGGUGGACCAGGAUAUGGAAACCAAGGUGGUGGAUAUGGUGGUGGAGGAGGAGGAUAUGAUGGUUACAAUGAAGGAGGAAAUUUUGGUGGUGGUAACUAUGGUGGUGGUGGGAACUAUAAUGAUUUUGGAAAUUACAGUGGACAACAGCAAUCAAAUUAUGGACCCAUGAAGGGGGGCAGUUUUGGUGGAAGAAGCUCUGGCAGUCCCUAUGGUGGUGGUUAUGGAUCUGGUGGUGGAAGUGGUGGAUAUGGUAGCAGAAGGUUUUAAAAACAGCAGAAAAGGGUUGAAUGAGAAUCCUUCUUGCCUAAAUGAGGAAUGUCUUUCCUACCAUCUUAAAUACGAAGGUUUCUGGCUGGGUAAGGUUUGUAGCUCACAGUAAAAUUUGAUGACACCAUUUAUUUCCCUACAAAUCUAUUACAUAUUUUAAAACUUCAUCCCCUUUCUAAUAGGUACAUUGGCAAAAUUAUCAAGUGGAAAACUUAUCUUGGUACCAUGUUCAACAUGUGUUAAACCUUAGACAGUUUUUUAAAUUCUCCUGAAAUGGCCACAAGUGUUCAUCUUGAUAAAGAUGUGUCAAGAUGUAUACAGUUCAUUAAUAUCUUUAGGGUCAAGUCAGGUUUUGGUAAAGGAAAAAAACUUGUGAAAACAGUUUUUGUAAUAAACAUGACUAAUAACAUGCGUUAAGCUGACAAUCCUCAUGCCAGGAAAAAUACCUUCAAAUGAAUUUUCACCAUUACCAGGUGGUACAGAUAAAAAGUUUUCUUCUUUCAGGUGGCCUCAUAAGUUCUCUUGCAUAUAAAUUCAGGGAAUUAUUUGAACAAAUAGAAUAAACUUUGGUUUUGUUUAUUUUGGUUACUCAUCCAGAAGCAGUGAAGGCUUAAUUAAACUAAUGAAAGGACAUCUUUUCCCAAAGAAUUAUUUGGUUACUAUUUAGAUCAGUUGCUGAUUGUACACAAGGGCUAUUUUUGCUGCCCCAAUAGGGCUUGUUAAAAACAGGUUUAAUUUAAUUUACUUUUUAAUAGAAUAACAAUUUCAGGGGACAGAUGCUCAAAACACUAGUUUCUAAGAUGUAAGUCAAUUUCCUUCCAUGAAUAGGAGUAUUGAGUUUGUCAUAGGGUUUAAGAAAAAAAGGUUGGGUCACCCAUCGUAGAAUUGAGUUAAAGGUAACAGCCUUUUAAUAAAAUUCCUUCACAACAUGGUUUAGUGGAGCAAAUUUGAUAAGAUCGAAAACAUUUUAAAGCAUUGUUCUUUCCAGUUCAUUUAUGAAAUAAAAGGAUUUUUUAAAAAUGUAGUUCCAUUGUCAUUUCUGAAAAUUACACAUUCUCUCUUUUUUUUUUUUUUUUUUUUUUUUUUUGUUUGGUGGUGCUGGGGUUGGAACCCAGGGCCUUUUUUCCUGCAUGCUAGGCAAGAGCUUUACCACUGAGCUACACCCCAGCCUCUCAAUACUAUCUUCAACUUGUAGCACCAUAAACAAAGUAAGGAAAUUGUUAACUAAAUGGGAAAUGGUGAGGCAAACUUCAAACUGAUUUUAUUAAACAUGCAGGUUAUUCCUUUCUCUAAAAGCAAGGUGACACUUUUCUACGGGAAAGGAUAUUUGGUAAAGCCCAUGUGUUAGGGGAUUAAGUAGAAAUAAAUUUGGUUUUAAGAGUUCUGGUAAAAGUCACAAUUAGGAAUAUUUCUAAUUAAUGACUAUCUCUUACAGUUCCGGUAACUGAUGUCACAAAGUAGUGAAUAAGCAUGCUAAUGUGCAGGGGUGACGUAAGGAUUGAGAGUUUAUCUAAAUAUUCACAAUUACUUUUGAAGCUUCAAUGUUUUCUGAUUUUUAAGACUUCAGAGGUGGUCUGUAAUGGAUUCAACUGUUUAAUUUGUAGUAUAAUGAAAUGUUUACAGAAAGAAAUUUUUCAUUAAAAUAUUUUUAGAAAUGUGUGUGUUUUCGUC